AUGGCGCUUUGGCUCCCACAAUAUCUUCUAAGGCUCUUCUCUGACACUCCUCUCAUCCCCAAUCAAGACUAUCGUUAUCCAACUUGCAAAACAACCUUGGAACCUUGGGAUUAUUUCACUCUUGUCUGCCUAAUAUCUCUGACUCAAAAGGAAGGCGUGCCCUCCCACCAAGAGAAAUCUUCACCAUGGAAGGAGGAGAUGCUCUUGCAGCGCGACCCCAAAGCAAAGACCCAAGCCCGCCCUGACUCCAUCUCCCCCUCUGGCUCUACCUCCUCCUCCGCCACCGUUCAGGUGCCCUUCACAAGCGCCUCAACUCCUCCCCCUCAGGCGCCCUUCACGGGCGCCUUGACCCUACUCACCCCACACUCGAGGCCAUCGUUGUCCGCCUCCGGAGAUAAGCCACCUUUCGAGUUUCACUCUUGUACACCAUCUCAGACUCGAAAUAGCGCUUUCCCAACAGGAGAAAACUCAAACAUGGAAGGAGGGGAUGCUCCGGCCGUGUACGCUCAGGGCAAAUACCCAAGCCCACCUGCGCCAAACUCAACAAGUUUCACGUCUUCAUCCGCCUCCGGCUCAAACUCCUUCGAAUAUUCUCAGCCGUGCUUCUCGUUCACCUCACCAGGCCCUGGCUCCCCUACAACUCCUCAGGCGCCUCUAGCGGACGACUCAGCUUUCCCCGUCAACGUGAAGCCCUCAGACACUCUCACACUUUUGAGUCCUUCUUUAAACGAAUUGACGAAAGCAAUCCAAGAGGUCAAAGAUCAGAAAAGGCACCCGGGACCUGGCAGUUCAGCGACAUCAUACUUGUUGGGCAAACAGCUCAAUCCUGAACUGUUCGAACUUAACGGCUCCCCACGAAGUCCCUCCCUUGUCUUGGAAGUUGGCGUGUCGGAAUCUUACAAUCGCCUCGUGCAAGACGUACGUUGGUGGGGUGCAAACGCCCCUACUUGCCCGGGACUCGUCGUUAUUGUGAGCGUGAGAAGAGGACCUCCCUUCAGGGUAGACUUUGAGGUCUGGACGCCCUCCACAACCUUGCGUCACCACGGGACAAGAGACUCCCUUCCUCCGAUGACGCUUGCUCAGCUUGUCCGAGUUGAGAACAAUGUCGUGCACGGUGGUCCCCUGAGGUUGAAUUUCGCCGCGUUGAUGAGGCGCCCGUCGAAUCUCCCAAUUGAGUCGGACAUAUUGUUCACCAACGACGACUUGUUGUUUAUGGCAGAGCGACACUACUGA